GCGCUCCGGGUCCCAGGGUCCUCCGUAGAGAUUGGCAGCAUGGAAGGUGGCCUGGGACGUGCUGUGUGCGUGCUGACCGGGGCCUCCCGCGGCUUCGGCCGGGCGUUGGCCCCCCUCCUAGCCUCGCUGCUGUCACCUGAGUCCGUGCUGGUCCUGAGCGCCCGCAACAACCAGGCGCUGCUGCAGCUGGAGGCGGAGCUGAGAGCGGGGCGGCCUGGCCUGCGCGUGGUGGGGGUGUCCGCCGACCUGGGCACUGAGGCCGGCUUGCAGCAGCUGCUGGGAGCCCUUCACAAGCUUUCUAGGCCUGAGGGGCUGCAGCGACUGCUGCUUAUCAACAACGCAGGCAGUCUUGGGGAUGUGUCCAAAGGCUUCGUGGACCUGUGUGAUCCAGCUGAAGUGAACAACUACUGGGCUCUGAACUUGACCUCUACGCUUUGCCUAACCUCUGGCAUCCUGAAGGCCUUUCAGGACAGCCCUGACCUCAGUAGGACAGUGGUUAACAUCUCAUCCCUCUGUGCCCUGCAGCCCUUCAAAGGCUGGGCACUGUACUGUGCAGGAAAGGCUGCUCGUAACAUGAUGUUCCAGGUCCUGGCUGCAGAGGAACCUGGUGUGCGGGUGCUGAGCUAUGCCCCAGGUCCCCUGGACACAGACAUGCAGCAGUUGGCCCGGGAGACCUCUGUGGACCCAGACUUGCGAAAAAGGCUACAGAAGCUGAAGACAAGUGGGGAGCUUGUGGAUUGCAGGGUAUCAGCCCAGAAACUGCUGAGUGUGCUACAGAAGGACGAGUUCAAGUCUGGAGACCACAUAGACUUCUAUGAUAAAUAAGCCCAUGUCCUUUCCUAGGCCUUUCUGACUCCACUUUCAGGAACACCCCAAAGUCAUCCUGACACAAAGACACCACCAACCCUGCCUUAAACAGAUAAACAGUUAUGCCUACUAUCUUGCUAGCAAAUACAGCCAGCUGUGGGGACUUGAGGUUGUUAGGCUGCCAUUGUCUGGAGUUUCUGUUUCCCACCCUGGGUUAUGAGGAAGCUUAGGAGAGAGAUUAUGUGUUUUUAGUGUUCUCUGUCUCCAGGAAUAGAGCAGGAAAAGGAACUGAAACACUGAAGAGGGGAGGUUGGGUCUCCUGCCCACUUCCAGUACAUGGAAAAAGAGGGAAGGAGCUGGUGUCAAAUAGGACCCAUGUGGGGGGGGGUGUGUGUGUGCAGACAGGACAAGUUCCAGCCUACACUAAUGCCCCUUGCUCAGGGUAGCAGGACCUCCUGUUGAACUAGGUAUCUUCACUCUGAUGCUUCCUUCAGAACCCACCUCCUCUCUCUACCCUGAGCGAGGGGAAGAAACACCUGAGAGCCUUUGUACACAGCAAAUAAAAUGUGAAUUAUUGUCCUUGA